AUGCGGCGGAAACGAGGUGUGGGCUCCCGAGCGGUGCCGGGCUGGCUUUGCCUGUCUGCGCUGGUUCUUGCCUGGACUGCCCUGCCCGAGUCCGUGCCAUUGGCGCUGCCCUCUGCUCGUCCUGUGGCCAAGAAGAAGGUGGUUGUCAUCGGUGGAGGCUUCGCUGGGCUGGCCGCCGUCCGGCGGCUUCGCCGGGACUUUGAAGUUACGUUGGUGGAUGCCAAGGAGUUCUUCGAGUUUUCUCCCGGGAUGAUCCGGCCGUAUACGCAGCCACAGCUCUACGGGAGGCUGGUGCUGGACUACAGGAGCUUGUGCAACAAGAUGAAGGUGUCCUGGAUUUGGGGAGCCGCGAAGAAGAUCGACGAGAAGGAGGUGGUGGUUCAGCUCAGCAACACUACUACGAAGAAUGCACAGCUGCUGGCGCUGCCGUAUGAUUACUGUAUCAUCUCUGCGGGCUGCCACUACAGCAGCAACCUCUGGUACGCUUCGCUUCUUGGGAAAGAUCGUGAGCGCAGUCUCGAGGGUCGGCGGGAGCGAAUCGACAGCGAGCACGCGAAACUGUCGGAGCUCGCCGCUAGGGGUGCCCACGUCGCAGUGAUCGGUGCCGGUUAUGUCGGUGUCGAGUACGCAGCCGAGCUGCGCUACUACUACCCCACACUUCAGAUAACUCUGGUGGGCGGCAACAGAGGCGUUUGCCCAUCCAUGUGUCCUGGUGCCCGGAAGUAUAUCAAGAAUCACCUGGACAAGAACAACAUUACGACCAUCAGUGGAACACGCUACUCCGAAGCAAAUUCCACGCUCUUCUGGAAGAAGGUCGGCAGAUCGCCACCGGAACGCGUCUUCAAGAGUGUUGGCAUGCAGCCGCACUGUGAGUUCUUGCCUUCGGCAUGCCUGAGUAGCAAGGGCUGGGUCAAAGUGACUCCGACACUGCAGGUGGUGAGCCGCAGUGACAGCGACCCGCAGGCUGGCAAGUUAGAUUUGUUUCAUGUUGUCACGCUCAUCGUGGAUGCCGUGACUCCCUGUUCGCUUCCGGGAAAGUUUUUGCAGUUGGCAAUUGCGCGGACGACGUUCCAGGAAUUCUCCCACUACCGAAGAACUCCUAUCCGGCGGAAGAGAUGGCAGCCCAUGCAGUGA